GUUCAGUCGCGUUCGAGCUCUCGAUCGUAUCGGAUUGAUUUGAAUUCUUGAGUUUACGUACGAGUCGGUUAUCGAAUGGAACACCAGUGAAUGUACACGACGUCGUCGAACGAUUGUUCUCCCAGAAUACCGUGAAAGUGAGAGAGAGAGAAAGCUGUGAUUCAGCUGGAGCUCGCGCGAAUCGAGAGCGACUCAAGUUCAAUGAUAAUCGAGACGGACUUGGCACGCGUCACCGCGACCGGAUUCUCUUCGUUGAUCUUGGACCGAUAGUGGCGCCACGCUAGCUACAGACAUGGCGUCGAUCAUGUUUCUGGGCGAAACAGAUCUGUCAGCGAAACAACGACUCUGCAACGUGUGUAUUGCCUCGUGUUCAACGAAGCUUCUUAAAAGAAUGUAUUAAGGCAAAUCGAUUAUUUAAACAGACAGUGAGACAUUUCGAUUGAAAGAGACUUAGAAUAAAUAUCGACUCGGAAAAAAAUAAAAAUUUAAUAGAUAGAAUAAAUUGUAUUUGUGGAGGGGUGAAGUUUGAGGAUAGUUGGGAUUGAUCAAAGGUGAGAACACCAGGCGAUAAUCGGUGUCGCAGCCGGUGUUCGAUGAGAACCGAACAAGAUUUGGUGCAUACCCAGCGUACGUGAAAAGAUCCUCGGGCACGAGGACGGGGCGCCGAAGAGAUCGUCUUCAACCACGACGAUCACGACGACGACGAUGCUGCGCUCGCCGGCACGCGUCGUUCUCCAGGAUUCUUCCGCCUCGACGUCCUCGACCCUGUCGGCGCCACCGACACCAGUUCAUCACGGCGCCGCCAGCAGCUCGACCGUCUCCUCGCGUCUUUCCCUCCUCGACACCUGCCACAGGAAGAUCAGGUUCUUCGGCGAGCUUGUCGCAAAAGCCCGACGAAAGGAGAAGGAUGCGGGAACAACAGAGGAUCCGAAAUUGUAUCUCGAGGAGGCGGCUCUUGAAAGGCAACUGCCAGAGCUGGACUUGAGGAUGUUGGUCGAUUUGCCACCUGGUUUGGAUUACAACGAAUGGUUGGCCUCUCAUACUCUUGCACUAUUUGAUCAUAUCAAUCUCGUUUACGGAACGAUAUCCGAGUUCUGUACGAUGACGGGUUGUCCUGAUAUGACCGGUCCUGGCUUAAGAACUUAUCUGUGGUUUGAUGAGAAAGGAAAGAAAACAAGAGUGGCAGCGCCACAAUAUAUAGAUUAUGUUAUGACUUUUACACAACGCACCGUUAGUGAUGAAACUAUAUUUCCUACGAAAUAUGCAAAUGAAUUUCCUAGCUCGUUCGAAUCGAUAGUGCGUAAGAUCCUGCGGCUACUGUACCAUGUGGUGGCACACAUUUACCACUGCCACUUCAGAGAGGUAGCACUCUUGGGGUUGCAUGCUCACCUUAAUUGUGUAUUUGCCCACCUCACGCUCCUUAAUCAACGCUUCAACCUUAUCGAUCCCAAGGAAACGGAGAUCUUAGGAGAUUUAGAGGCUGCCCUCUUGGGUGACUCAACAUCUUCAUCAGCGCCUUCUUCACAAACCUUAGCCAUUCAGGAGACUCCGACCACAGCCACCUAGAUCGCGAUGCACAGCAAGCAAAAGGUUGCAGUUCCUGAGACUAGGUGACGAUAGGCGUUUUGUUUUUUCCUUUUUUCCUCUCUAUCCUUUUUCUUUUUUUUUUUUCUCUUUCUUUCGUUCUCUCUCUCUCUUUCUCUCUUUCUCUUUCUCUUUUUCUUUCUUUUUCUCUCUAUUUUUCUUCUCUUUUUUCUUUCUCUUUUCUGUUUUGUUUUUUAAAUAGAAUAUGCGAACGACAAGAGUUUAAGCAUUAACGACUACAUACGCAGGUGGAGCGAAAGCGCAAUUCUGUAAAAACUAGUAGUACCUGUACAUAGCGAAGUGUGAACAACUACAUGAUGUAAUUAGGUUCCUCCGUUUGUUGUUUGUGAGAUUGUACAUAAUUUAUUAAACAGUAAGAUAUACGAAAGA